AUGAACGUUGCGCGGAACAUUUCGCCCGCGCAGCAACACAACCUGGCGGUUGACCGCGGACGGCUCAACGACAUGUUUGACAUGUUCGCCAGCACCGAUGACGCCAACAUCGACAAGGAGACUUUCCAUUGCAACCCGGAAGAGUACAUCCGGAGUGUGUCUCGACAGGCUGGCCACCAGCUGCACCGCCAAGCCAGAGAAUAUGGCGGAAGACUUUGGGCUAUUUGGACUGAACAGUUGACCCAGGACGUCGUGAAGCAGCACAAGCAGAGGGCCCGAGAGCUGCGCACGACGGUAUCCGCCCAAUACUAUCUUCAACACGAAGUGCUGGUAGUUUUCGCGAUGAACUCUUCAUCUUGCAUCGACCACCUCCUGUUAUACUACAAGCCAUGGUGCUUGUUUGAGAAAGAAGCAGGAUCGGCAAUUGUCUCCAACAUCUGCAUUCCGUUGGCUACGUUCGUACGAAAUCUGCGAUUUGUCCUCUUGCCGAACGAUCAUAAACAGUUGCAACAUACUGUCGAGUCGCAAAGUUGCAAUGUGGCACCCGUUCCGUUCCGGAAAUCCUUAUUCCAGAUGCUCAUGGAAGAAGGGCGGGAAUGCACGCUGCUCGAGAGCUGCCACCGCAUGGUUUCCGGCAUCGGGGAAUUCACCGACAAGACCUUCUACAACAGCAACCUGAAGUUUAAAUACCAAGCAGAUUCGGCCGAUAGCGUCCAGCUCUGGAAUACCAUGAAGGAGAUCCUGCGUGGGAUGGAGGAGAACGGACUUUGGGACGGCAAGAAGCGCAGAUUUAUGAUCAACGCUUCAACCAACGUUACUCCGGUCAGGCGGCCUUGA